UCAAGUCGAAACAAGCAAGUGUUAAAAAUCCUAAAGUGUGAUGUUUCCUACGAAUUUAUUUUACUCUCUCAGAAUAUAUUUAUCAUUUUUAAAUUAAUUUUAUAGGAGCAAAACGAGAAACGUGGUAUAUAUAUUACAAUAAUGGAGGAAAGUCAGACUUCAAUGAAAUCCAAUUUUGAAUUUCUGCACGAGCAGUUUCAGCACAUAAAAAAGUUCCAAAAGGUUGAAGAUUGUAGUGAUAAAAACGACCUUUCUGUCAAUCUGUCUGAGGAAAUGAAAAAUGCAAUUGAGCCUUUAAUUGAGAUGAUUAAUAGUAUGAUGAUUCCGGACAGUCCCAUGAGCUUACGACUGUUGGCAAUGAAGACAACUCUCUCUUAUGAACAAUCAAAAAUACUUAUGAAUCUGAAUGAAGAAAAAGCUGCCGAAAAAGUUUUGGACGAUGUGUUAGACAGUAUAAAAAAUGUGAUGUUCAAACCAGAAAUAAUAUUCCUGACGUUGAGAAUAAUAAAUCACUAUUCAUAUUUGCUUUCAAAGCAAGAGGAGUUUGAGAAACCCAAACAACUCUUGGAGUUGGCAGAGUCUACUUAUAAAAGUUUAAAAAAACAGAAUUCUCAUAUAAAGUUUUACACCAGCGAUGAUCUCUUUUCGCCUGAUACUGCCAUACACCCUACUUCGAAUUCUAGUAACAAGUUGGAGCGUUUAGUUACAAAUAAUUUACAGAUGCUUGGUUACAUUUAUAACAAAAAGGGGCUAUAUGACAAAUUUGCUGAAUAUCAUCAUGAGGUACUUCGAAGACAACUUGAAAUGAAUGACGGAGAUGUCACAUUGUGGGCACUAAAGUCUGCUAGACUUGCCUCAUACUUUCUCACCAAAAAUAGAUUCAACAUCAUGAAGAAAUCAGUAUCUACCAAACACAUUGCUGGUACUGUACGAGCAAUAGACGCAAGACAUCAUUUAGCUGCCGCAAUAUACAUGCUCUACAAGUAUGAAAAGGAACUCAAAGCAUUGAAAUCAUCUAACAGCACGAUAAUGAAAAUUUUGAUAAACAUUAUAGUACAGUAUACUUAUAGGUGGGAACAGUUACAGCGCAGAUUUGCAGACAUUGCCAAAUGUUGGGUCAAAUAUGGUCUAUUUUUAUUCAGUGUUUCCAAAACGAGUAUCGUAUCUUCUUUAUUGGAUACAGAGCCAAAUCAAAUUUUGGAAAAACCCUGGUCCACCCCUUUCAUAACCAGCAACGAAUGUAAGCCAUCAACAUCAAAAGAAACAACAAUGAAAUAUAGCUUUGAGAGCAAUAACAAGGAAGUUCCAGUCACCCGAAGUUUCGAAGAUAUGGUUUAUGAAAAAUCCCAAUUCUGCAGUGAAAAAUUGCCUUCAUCACUGUCAUUCAACUUUGCAGGGCCAUUUUUAUUGUUUCCAUCAUUGGAUAUUGCUGAGUAUGAGGAGCAAGUGACAGCUUCUCCUGUACAGACAGCAACGCAAGCUAGAGCACUUUUUUUGUACACACACUCCUGGUUGAAAAGGGCCAAGGUAUUUUAUACUUUACAAGACCAUCCCAUGGACUACGUCAGUGUAAUACUAGAUCUUAGCGAACUCUACAAACACCUCACAUUUUACGAAGAAGAUAUUGAGAGUCAGUAUGCCAUACAAAAACUACGGGCUGAUGCUCUAGAAUCGCUUAGCGCUGUCCUCAGAGAAAUGCGUCCGCAAUGCUACAUUGCAGUAUCGGUCGAGCUCUUACGAGAACUGGCAGAAGUCCAUUUAGAAAUGAUGGGCCUAAAUUUGAAACGCAUUUAUGUUGCUCAAGAGGCUGCACCUGAGGCAAGUGACAUGACUGUUCGUAAAAUGGAAGCUCUUGCGGAUAUGCAUUCCAAAUUGGAGCAGUUCGGAGAUAAUGUUGGAUGUAACAUAGAUCCUGUAGAAUCGGGAUUAAUGCCUGUCUCUGACAUGGCUGGUGAUGUUUGUCAGUUUAUCAAUACGUAAUUUAGCAAGCUGUAUUUAGUUAUUGAAGAAGAAUUUAUACACAAAAAAUAUGCACACCAUCUAUUCCAAAAUCGAUAUUUUAUUUGAAACGAUUUUUUUUACUGUACAAA